AUGACUCACGAGUUUCCUGCUGAGCUGUUUUUCAUUAUCGCAUCACAUCUUACUAGAAGUGACUAUAUAAAUUGCUCAAAAGUGUGUAAAUCAUGGAGAAAACCCUUUUACCAACUGAUCUGGCAAACUGUUGUUAUUAACCAUCGUCGCAAAGCAAUUUAUACACAAAAGGUUUCCAAUGGUAUUAAUGGAUUAAUGUAUAUCAAAGACACAAUCCCAAUUUAUGAAGUGAUUGAAAUGUCUUCUAUUAUGUUACCAAACUACCGAACUAAUGGAGCAUUUACAAGGAAAUUGAAACUGGGGCCGUUAAUCUUAGCAUCAAAUGCGGAAAUAACUGAAAUACAAAAAUACUUUGUGAACGUGAAUAUAUUGUUUCUAUAUCCACUUUCUGUUUCGCCGUCGGUUUUUAUGAAAAAAGUAUAUUGGACUGCAUGGAGAAAUCUAUCUUACCUAAAUACCGACAUUCCAUAUAUCUAUGGAACCAGAAAAGCUCAAACCAUAUUAAAUAUAGCUUUUUGUAUACCUACGCUCAAUGUUCUUGUGAUCAGGAACAUAGAUUACGAGACGUCAGACUAUUUCUCGGUAGAUGAUCUGGAGAAACUACACCACUUAUUACCAAAUCUUACCGCUCUCCGGAUAAAGUUUUCGAUUGCUCCUGUAACUGUCGAGGAGUUUGAACGCAUCGCAUGUCCAUCGCCUGCAAAGAUGAUGGUGGAAUUGGAUAUAUGCUAUGAGCUUACAGAUUUUUCAUUGCUGUAUUAUUGUGCGCUAAAGUAUCCGAAACUAGAGAUAUUCAGCUACAAGGCAUUGUCUUUCAGAAUCCGGCCACUACCAACUUUAUUUGAAAAUAUCGAAGGUCCCUUUGAGCGGCCAGUGAGAGAUUUGAUGAACAUAUCGGUUCAGUACCAGGGACACAUACUCAACAAAUUACGCCGGCUUCCACCAUUCUUCCAGAACUUAAAAUCCAUUGUAUUAAAAGAUCGUCCAACGAGUCAGUGGCAAUCACACAUGAUAUGGGAAUUUAUUAUGAAAUUUCAUGUCCGUAUCACCAAGGCAGAAUACAGAGUUAAAGGAUUAAGAUUCAAAACUUCGCGUGGUAACCCCAGUAUGCCAAUGGAGAUGUGUUUAAACGCAUGUUCAGAUUCAGUACAAAGAUUGUGCCUGACCUGCUGCUUUAUUCCAUACGGGCCGUCUAUACAAAUAAGGCGUUUUGAUCAUUUUCCUUGUUUGGUUUCUUUGAUUAUUAAACUAAAUUAUCGAGUGGAAAUUGAAGUGGACUAUAUACUCCAUGGAUGUCCCGUGUUGGAGCUGUUACUAGUUGAUGGAGACGUCCUUAUAAUAAGUACUGAAAACUAUAAUAAUAUAGAACAUAAUCUGGAGGAACAAAAAGACAUUUCACUUUUGAACGAACGGAUAUAUCCAAGGAGUCAUGGGUUGAAGCAUCUUUUGCUUGGCAGAUUAAGUAUUAUGGCGUAUAUACUCUAUUAUAUAUCCUGCACUUGCAGAAACCUAGAGACGUUGGAAUUCCAUUGGGUGAUGAUAUACGGGCUAAUGUCACAAACGAAGGAGCUUGAGAUCAACAUGCCGUAUACAUCUCUCAAAAAGCUGGUUAUCGAUUAUGUAAACUUUGAAAGGAUGCACAAGGGAUAUCGCAAACAGUCCUAUUCUUCUCCCCACAAAAUCAAUUACUUUAUGAUCGACACAAUAGAUAAUAGAGGCCCGGAUUCUAACGGGAAAAAACAACGUUAUGAGCGACAAAAGCCUGUCAGUGUUACUGGAUUCAACUCCUCGAGUUGGAUUUAUCGCCCUGUAUUUUUUGAAACAUACCCAAGCGGUGGAAGAAUGUGGAAAGUCUGUUUAUUUUAUGUCCUCAUAGAGAGCAUCAAUUUCCCUCAAGAAACCGCUAAUACAAGGGCAGACGAUGCAAGGCCAUCCCUCGAGAUUCGCCACACGAUAGGAUUUAGCGAGAAUAAUCAUACUAAUACGCUGUUGUCGGAUAAGCGCUAUCGUCAGUAUUGUGCUUCGUUUUUGUUUAAAGUUGUCGAGGAAUAUUGCGUAAAUAUGCCAGUCAGUGAGUAA